GUGCUGGAGAGGGUCUGGACGAAGUUCGACGGAAUGCAGCCGAAACUUCGAAGGAGGGGCGCUUUCGCUGGGGACGGCCGCCACGCAACGUCCUGCUGAUGACGUAUGCAUCCGGCGAGCUAUUUCUAAAGACGCAGAAGCUGAUGGACGAGAGCCUGCACAUUGGGGAGAUAACUGAUCACCUGCAGUGGAAUGAAUCGGAGUGGGAGUCUGCGGAGCGUGCCGACUGGUACAAGCGUCACGAGAAC